AGAGCAGCCACAUCCACAGCAGCACUAGUCAAAUCGCAACCGCUCGACCUGAACGCCUGACCCAGGACUGAGCAUACACCUAUUAGACACCAUGUUUUGGAGACUUUUCUUCGUGACAUUAUUACUAGCCCUCUUGGGACAGAUGACCGGCCAGGACUUGGCUGAGGAUGGGUGUGCAUCACUGAAGAUUUGUGAAGCAUGCACGAAUAUGACUAACUGCCAUUGGAUGACUUGUACAGACCGUGAACCCCAGUGUUUUAAUUCCACCAGUGAAGAUGCCAGUGCUAACUGCACCAAUGCUACCUGUACAGAAUGGUCAACAGUGGCCCCAACAGUGAUCUCCACCACCAUCAACUCUACCACCAAUGGCACUUUUGCUCCUAAUGACACCACAACAAUCUCUACUACAACAGUCGCUCCGACUCGAAACAGCACAACCACAAAUACUACAACUGUGGCACCUACUUCCUCUCCCAAGACGUCCACAUUUGAUGCAGCCAGUUUCAUCGGGGGAAUUGUGUUAGUUCUUGGCCUUCAAGCUGUCAUCUUCUUCCUUUAUAAGUUCUGCAAAUCCAAGGAUCGCAACUACCACACCCUGUAAUGCACUGACACCUUGAUGCAUUAUCAACACCACACUCCGACCCUACAGAGGGACACGAACACACAGAUUCUAUGAUGUUUUAAUCACUCUUGUGAUCUUCCUUGUCUGUAGCCAUGCAUUUGUCAUUUGAUCCCUGUGAUUUGAGCUUUACAUUUCAUUGAAGUUAGAGCUCUCACAAGCACUCUGUUCACUCACACAUACAUGAAUACAAAUACACACAACACACAGACUGAUUCCCCAGGAGCAGUAGCAUUGCAGAGUAUGUGAAAUGUGCCACUUUCAUGUACAAACACAGCUCUCCAAAUUACAAAAAUGUGUCAUUCUGAUGUCAUUUCUUUGAAUGUUCAGCCAUAAUUUUUUCCGUUAGUUCAUUUAAGAUGAAAAACCGUGCUUUGUCCAACCAAAAUCAUGGCGUUUCCCUUAAAAACCACAUUAGGGGGCAUAGUAAGUCACCUUAUUGAUGCCUGUGGCAAUACUUCCCCAUUUCCCAUGUUAAGUUGUAUUUCUUGAGGGUCAGGCAUCUUUAUUAUAACAGUGUUUUAUACAGCUAUUAUAAAUGAUGGUUCUUUAUAUUCCACCCAGUUUAAGCUACUUUUAUGAGCUGAGCAUUUACUCUUAAAGAUAAGAAAGAUGAAACAUUGUUCAGUUAUUCUCAGCUUCACAACUGUUCCUUCAAAAAUGUUUGAUAGAUUAGGGCUGAAUAUGACAGCCCCCACCCUUUCCAAAAACUGCAUUUUCAUUGCAUAGUCAUUUGGUUUCUGUGUGUGCGUGUGUUUUUAAACCCAUUUUUUUUUUUUUUUUGGCUACUGCUCUCAUUCAGGCAACCCAAGAGAACAUUUUGCAAUAAAUUAUAUUUCCCUGCUUAGUCCCUCACCUUUAACCAUCUAGUAAACAUGAAAACUCAAAGCUAGUUAGUUGAAUAUGGUCAUAGAGUUUAAUCUAGGCAACGUUAGAAAGCUAGUUCAGUCCCUUCCUCUCAUUUAUGUAAGUGGUUUUAAUUGGUAAUAUCAGAUAAAUGACUUUGGUCUUCGUAGGGGCUUACCAGCAAGUGAGCAAUUUAAAGUUGUUUAUUAGAAGUACAUGAAGUGGAGACAAAACAAAAGAAGUGCAACCAAAUCAGUUAUUAUUAGUAUUAUCUAAAAUUAGUCUAUUAAAAUUGAUUUGUUUUAUAAUUUUUCUGCCAGACAUGCAAACAGAAUAAGGCACUAUGAGAGGGCUUGGGAUUGUGGAUUCCGUUCUGAAUGUUUGACAGUUCAGUCAAAAUGCCUUUUAGAUGGAGGCAGUGGCUUAUUCUUAUAGGUUGGGGAAUGAUGGGGUUUCGUCCCCCUUCUUCUUUGAGCCUUAAAAGUAUGAAUGUGUUUGUGGCAAACUGCCAUUGAGGUGGUGUGUGUGCCAGGCUCUGCUUUUACCUUCUGGAGUAGGCCUUGUGUUUUUGUUUCUGCCUGUAUGUUGGUGUGUUCAUAGACACGCAUGUGUGCAUGUAUUGAUGAAGUAGAUCUAAUGUCUGCCAGCUGGACUGAUUGCUAUAUUAUACAGAGUAGAUAACUAGUUCAAGGAUAAUUAAUUUGUUUGCUGUGUUGUGAAUUAAUAUGUAACUUUCCCAUAAGCUUUAGUGCUUUUGGCUAAUGUUUUGCUCGCACAGAUUCUACCACUCCUGUUUCCCCCUGGAGAUUCUAGUGUACUCAGUCAUAUGUUUAAAAAAGAGAUCAAUAUUUGUUCAUUAAAUAUUUGACCAUAAACUGAAAUCAAUAUAUUAGGCACUAAAAUGUCUUAAGCUUGCUUUAUUCUGGUUUAAGGUGUACAUACUUUAAGGUGAUUAAGGCGUCUACUGCUUAGGGCUGUAUGCAGAUCCAAUGUUUAAGAGCCCUUCUGCUAAAUACCCUAACAGAACUGAAAUAUCUAGAAAUUCGCCCCAGAAGACUCAUUCCGCUUGCUUUCACAAUGUUUUUCUUAUUCUGUCUGUUAAAAUGACGCUGAAAUUGAAUGAAGAGUUUUGAUGUUUAAGUCUCAGAAUAGAGCUCUCUCAGUUCAACAAGCUCAUCAUUUUGUUAUGCUUGUGUUUGAUUUCUUGGUUUAGAAUAUAAUUUUUGUUUGGGUGGCUUUGAUUCAGAAGCAGAGUUGACCUUGAACACGCCUAAUUUCUGCCUUGUAUGAAACAGUGGUGUAAUUUAUGCGGUACUCUGUUCAUAAUUGCAUUUGUUUGGCUACAGGGCUGAUGUGUGUGUAGGCUGAGGGCCUUUUCAACAUUUCAUUUUUUUUUCUCUUCAUUACUGUGUUGACUUUAAACGUAAUCUCAAUUAGCUUGCUGCUAAUAACAUAUUCUGUUAGUCGUAAUGUUGAGGUGAUUCAACUUUUUUGGUAUUGUAAUGGCAAAAAUGAAUGAAUUUUUGAUUUUAAAUUUAAUCUUUCUAUUUAUGCGUGCUUUAGUUUUGAUCUGCUUUCUUGACAUGCCAACUGAAAUGUUUAGCCAUUCCCAGCAUUGUGUUAAGUGCAUGUUUCAUUGAAGACGAAUGUUAAGGCCUCGCACUCUUUUGAACCACUCUUAAUUGCUUGUAUUGUCGUAUCACAGUGCUUUAAUGCCAAAGUUGUCUAUCCUAGCAUGAGUCACUUAAAGACUGCUAUAAUGCUUCACAAGCUUUGUCUUGUCCCGAUUCUUUUAAUCAUAGCCAUAGUGUAAUUAGAUAAAAUCCUUUUUGCUUCAACCAUGCCAAAUGUCUUCUUACUAUGAAAACUAAAAUGCACAAUGUUUAAAUUGUUAUUUUAUUAACACAAAUGCACAACUUGUCAGUAUUGUCUGUACAGCAUUAGGCUACAUCCAAAGAUCCCACUUAGUUGUAAAUGGAUUUGAGCUGUGCAUGCUGUAAAGAGUGUUUUGAUGUUGAAUUUAAAAGGGAUAGUUCACCCAAAAAUCAAAAUUCUGUUAUUUACUCACCCUCAUUAGGUUCAAAAUCCAAAUUACUUUCUUCUAUGGAACACAGAAUAGUUGUGAACACAGAAUGUUUGCCAUAGUCAUCAUUCACUUUUAAUGUAUAUAUUCAUACAAUGAAAGUGAAUGGUGACUGAGGCUGUCAACAUUUGCCCAACAUUUCCUUUUGUGUUUCAUGGAACAAUUUCAUAUGUCUGAACAUAUUGUAUGAACAAUCAGGGUGAGUUAAUUUACAAUUUUCAUUUUUUGGGUGAACUAUCCCUUUAGGUUCCAGAUUGACAUUCAGAGAUCCAAGAAGGACGCUCAUGCUUAAUAUGUUGAGAACAUAAAUGGCUCUGAUUCCUCUGUCACACUCGGAGAACUCAAAUUAGUCUGUGGCCUUGUUCUCUUAUGCCGUCAUGUUUGUGUGCAUGCAUCAUCAGAUUUCCUCAGAAACAGCCAUAAAAAUGACAUUUGUUUGUCAUCUCUCCCUGAGCUAAUGUUGCAUUCCUUGCUGCACCUUCUGAAGAAAAAGUGCCUUAAUUAUUUAAGAUAAAACAAUGAAGAUUACUAUUGUCAUGUAGACUUAGGACUUGAUCUUGCUACAGUGAAGGUUUGAGUUAUUGAAGUUGAGUGGAUAAUGAGAGGUACAUUUGAGGAUUACAUCUUGCUUGCACCACCAUUCUUGAUUUUGUUAUGCAAUUACAAAAAUACUUAAUUGAGUUACAAAUGUCAAAAUUUUGUCUGUUUCUUUUAUCACUGUAAUUACCUUUUGGCCUAUUGUCCAAUUGUUCAUUUUUUAAAUGCUUUUCAUAAACUUGUACACCCCACAGACGCUGUUGUGUAUGAGAAGACGUGCUGUUGCCAUUGCCAGAAAGUCUGCCUUAAAUGUUUUAUGCUCUAUUACGUGUUUUUUUUUUUUUUUUU